AUGUCAAGUAGUCGAAGUUCAAACAGCCCAGCCGCGAUGGAGGACGACGAGCCCAGGAAAAAAGGUUCCCGAGGCGGAAAGAGGUCAGUCAGUCACUUGAGCAAAGCCCAGCUGGCACGGAAACGAGCGAAUGACCGAGAGGCCCAACGAAAUAUCCGACAGAGAACCAAGGAACACAUUGCCAAUCUGGAGAAGAAGGUGCAAGAGCUGGAGCAUGGCGGCCGAUCGAGCAGCAUGGAGCGGGUGAUCAAGAGGAACAAAGAACUUGAGGAGGAGAUCGAGAGACUGCGGGCUCAAGUCGCCACACACCAGCCAUCUGUUGCUCCGGCGCAGGUCCCGCCAGAAAUACCGGAGGAGCUCUUAAUACCACAGAAAGUCUCCCUGGACUGGAUGCCAGCCGAGUCGUCACAUUGGUCUGGGGAGGUGCCGUCACAUAUGGCCGAGAUGGGCAGCUCGAUGCCAUGUUCCGUAGCGGGAUACACGUCCACGGUUGCUGCAUCAUAUCCUACAACCUCGUCGUAUGACGAUGAAGUGUCACAGCAAAUGUACACCCCAAAUGCCAUUCCCAUCUGGGAUGACCCUCUGGUCUUCGGAUCACAAGCUUCACAGAGUCUAACGAAACCAGUUCCAGCUUGGGCUCCUUUUCAUCCGGCCCUUUCCCAACCCUCCCGAUUCGCCGAUCUUCAACCCUCUGGGUUCGAGGAAGUGAUCAGCAACCAACCUGCGUUCAACACAACAUGUUGGCAGUCUCAACCUUCGAUCUACGCCUGGCAGAUCUCGACCAAGCUCAAAGCCCCUAUUACGCUUGUUGAUCAGCUGAUGUUCGGUGUGAUUCACUCUCAACGCCGCAUGGCAAUGGCAGACGGUCUCAGCGGCACAGAUUUGGUCGGGCCAGCUUUCCCUUCGGUGCAUCUCCUCUUCAACCAGCCAGGACCACCAGAAAAGAAGCCGUCCACUCUCACCGAGGUCAUGGCCCGCUACUCCGCAGUCCUCUCAAGACGCGGUUUUGCCCUCAUACCUGAGAAACUUGCCUCAUUCAUGUGUAUGUACAGAUUCGUACAAUGGCAAAUAUCACCAACCUACAGAACCUACCAAACCUUACACGAAUGGCAAGCUCCUCGACCCUCACAACUCAUGAUUGCCCACCCCGCGUGGAUGGAUCUCCCUCCCUGGGGCAAGUUCCGCGACAAGGUCAUCGAGAACCAAGAUAAAUACAACAACGUGGAAUUUCAAAGCGAUUACGCCGCAAACCUGAGCGUCAACUUCCCACACGAUCCGAUGAAAGCACUCAUUUUCCAAGAGGGCCAGAUCAUGGUCAGUCCGAUGCUGGAUCGCCAUCUGAGCGAUAUCAGCAAUAUGAGCAUGAAGAAACCGUUUGCGGAUAAGUACCCGGAAUUCAGGGACGUGUGUCGUUUUGAUGAAGUGUAA